AUGUCACAUGCGCUCCUCCUCAUUCUCUCCUGUUCCUCAUCCCUUCCCUCGACUCUUUCUUUUGACGAUUGUGUUGCUAUAGGCCAGGUUUCUCAUCUUGUUGCCACUCUCGACCUGACCCGUUCAAAGACGGAUUCCAACAAAGCAAGCAACGCCAUUGCUCAGAAGCUUCUGCAAGGUUGGACUUUGUUGGGCGAGACCUGCCCGCAAGACGGUUGCCUUGUCCCGCUCAUGCUCGAUCCGAAGACUUCUAUCAAGGUUCUCAUCAAUGCAACGAUCGAGUGCAAAAUCUCGCUGGUGCCCGGGAAUCAGCCAAGAAAGGCGCUGGCUUCUUGCGAGGACGUCAGACAGAGCAGGGAACUCGUGGCGUUGAUUGAGGACACAGUCCGCGCCUUGCAGUCGAUCGAGGAAUGGAGUGACAGUCAGAAACCUUGA